CAAGUAUCACACGUUUACGCGGCCUGUUUCACGUACGACUUGUAAGCUGUCGUCUGCAUCUAUUGCGCCUUCCGCCGUGCUAGUCAUCAAUUUAUUUCAUCGAAUAUAGUUUGUUUUAGCUGGAGGCAGUAUGAUGUUUAAAAAAAUUAUGUUGGUCGCCUUAUUGGCCGUGGUGACAGCCAGUGCCAAGAAACCAUGCUGUGGCCCAAAGCAGUUUAUGGCGGGCAAUGGUGGGACAGUGGGGCAGGUGGAUCCGGACUCCGGACCACAAGGUUUCUUCACCUACCAAUAUGGUGCAUUUGACUACACCAACAGGAUGUUUGGCUACAAUAUGUCUGUUACCUACCCCAACGGUACACAAACAAAUAUUAAGCUGAUUCAGAAAUACGGUCAGGGAUACCAGUAUAUUAUCCUCGAAGAAUUCCAGUACUGCCAGAAGCAACCGGUCACCAAGCCGGAACCAAUCAAUUGUAUUCCUGCCAACGCAACUUGGACUUCAAGUCUUUUCAUCGGAGGCUCCAAAGGCCUGUAUGCAGAUUCAUGGACAUACAACUUCGUUUACCCUAAGGAUCCCAUAGAGGGCGUCAUAGUUAUCCAAGUCUUUGAGUCUAAUUGCUACCCAUUCGGGACUGCAUUCAUUGGCGAUCGCUUCCAAGGCCAAACUCGAGUUCCCAUGACCAGUUCGGGUGGUCUUCUGAACAUGACAAUCGGGAUUCCUGAUCCAGACGCGUGGUUUACUGUACCAAGCUUCUGUCCUACAGAGAUGAACACAUUCAAGACACGCGAGGAGCGAUCUGCACCAAACCUGCCAAAUCUAGAUUUCUUCCACCUGCCACAGUUCUACUGAAGAACAACAGUGCUCCGUUAAAACACAAUCAUGACAACAAUCAUCCCCACAGCCGACCAACAAGAUGACCCCUUUUUAAUCACCAUCAUCAUGAUCAAUGGAACUGAAUUUUGAUUUGAACCGAUUAUGAUUUAUGAUUGGGUGUGAACGUUAUUCCCUUCAAAUAUGCACUAUCAACAAAACUGCGCUAUUUUCAGUUUAAAAUAUUCUUGGGGUAAAUAAAUAUUUGACAUUGAUAUGUAUAUUAAUUUCUGAUCAGUGUUUUUUGUGGUUUAAAUAGUGUUAAAUCAAUAGCACACUUGUUCUGGGAUUAGUCUUGUAACCCAUCAAUUUAUUUUUAUUUUUCAGAAACACACUUUUUAUAUUUGGAAGUUUUUCUUUGGGGGAGAGGCGAGAUUUCUGACACUUGACUUUUGUUACUUUAUACGCAUAAUAUAUUCUCUACAAAAUGUAAACAACAUAGUAGAAUAUCUUUUGAAUUAUUUAAGAAACAGUUGAAAUAUAAUUAUGAACUUGAGCGAAUAAUCUAUUGAAAACCAAAAACAUUUUUUUUUUACUUUCUUGAUAAAUGAAGAGAUGUACAAUUGAAUAGAAACAUGUUAUAACACUUUUGUAUUACCAUGUACUGCUUAUUUUCAUCACAUCAAUUAUUUUGUAGUGUGUACUUUUGUUAAUUUGCUUUGUUAAUUCUGAAUAAAUUUUCUUUGAAAAAAAUCAUCAUCAUGA